AUCACAUCAAGAAACACAUCGAGCAGCUCACUCCAAGUUCAUCUCCAAUACCGGGAGCUCCUUAUCUCCGGCCAAACAAAGCUCACCCUCGGGACUUAAUAGCUCGAGGGACCAAACUGCACGCACCACCACAACAGCCGCUUCAGUCGACCCCGUUUCCAUAUCCAUCAAUAUGCCCGUCAUACAGGAAUGCCUUCACUCUCCCACCAAAACCUGCGGAUUCAACUGUUGGUAUUUCUGGAAUGUUGGCAAGUCUCCAGCUCUCCGUCGCCAGGAAAUCGCAGAGGCACGCUAUGGGCGGGUCUUGGCGUGGCAAGGGGUGACCAACCCAACAGCGGCCUCGUCCGUGGAGGAGCACCCGGAUUCGGAUGAUGCGGAGGGCUCUGAAACACUGCCAGAUGCUUUCGAAUCAACAGGAGAAAGAAGCUCCCAAAACGUCGCUUUGGAGCUAGCUGAUCAGCUCGGGGUGGCUGUCACGGAAGAGCAAAGCCUUCAUUCCCCAACGGAAGCCGAGUCAGCCGAUGGACAGAAAGGCGAGUUCCACGAGCCAGAGCCGGAAGUAAGCAGCCACAGCAUGCAAAGUGCUUCUGCUCUCGAUUACGGCACUGAGAAACUGGAGGGGUUGGGUGGAGGAGCAGAAGUGGAUGGGGUUGAAGGCCAUGCCUUGGGUUCAUUCGUGAAGGAGGGAUGUAUAGAGACUGAAGAGCUACGUGCCAAGGUUGGGACCCCAAACAUCGAAACGGAACGAGGAAGCCCGAGCGAAGAGGCAGUCGGGGAGGGGAACGAAGAGUGGGAGUUUUAA